GCUGCCCUGCACACCCUGCUCGCAGUACCCUGGCCCUCGCAGCGGGAUAUCCGCUCCUGGCUCCAGCUGCUCUCCGUCCUGCAGUGGGUGCUCAGCUUCCUGCUGCUGGGAAUUGUCAGCCUGCUCUUCCUCAUCUACCUCGUGUUCACCAGCUUCUGGCCCAUCCCUGCACUCUACCUGGCCUGGAUCAUCUUUGACUGGGACACACCGGAGAAAGGUGGCAGGAGGCUGCCAUGCCUGCGGCGAUGGACCGUGUGGAGGCACUUCCGGGAUUAUUUCCCUGUGAAGGUAUGGUGCAGGGAACCAGGCCACAACUACAUCAUUGGCUCUCAUCCUCAUGGCAUCCUCUGUGUUGGCGCCUUCUGCAACUUCAUCACAGGCUCCACGGGCUUUGAGGAGAUGUUCCCGGGCAUCCAGCCCUUCCUCACCACCUUGGCUGGCAACUUUCGACUGCCUGUCUUCAGGGAGUACCUGAUGAGUGGGG